AUGAUGUUGUAUAAGCUGGUAGUUCUUGGGGACGGCGGUGUUGGCAAGACGGCUCUUACAAUUCAGACCUACGAUCCUACAAUUGAAGAUUCAUAUCGAAAACAAGUAGUAAUUGAUGAUCAACCGUGUGUACUGGAAGUAUUGGAUACUGCUGGACAAGAGGAAUACACAGCACUUCGCGAUCAAUGGAUUAGAGAUGGUGAAGGAUUUCUUCUUGUUUAUUCCAUAUCUUCACGAUCAACAUUUGAACGGGUAGAGCGAUUUCGGGAUCAAAUUACUCGAGUCAAAGAUACUGAUUCAGUCCCCCUUAUGCUUGUUGGAAAUAAAUGUGACAAAAUCACCGAGCGUGAAGUCUCUCGAGAAGAAGGAAUGAGUAUGGCGAGAAGACUUAAAUGCGAAUUUAUCGAAAGUUCGGCAAAGACAUGUGUGAAUGUGGAAAGGGCAUUUUACACAGUGAUAAAUAAAUUGGAAAAGAGGUUCGGUCUCUCGUUCACCGGAAAAGCCUAG